GUCUGGGUACGCGAGGCUAGGCGAGAAGAGAUUAUGGCACAGGUUGAGAGGAAUUGUUCUGAUGCAGCGGCCGGUGAAGAUAAUAUUUAAACGGAGGUGCAUCUGUUUUGUGUAUGUUGGUGUUUUGGAAGGAGGUAAGUCCCCCGGUAAGGACGUGGAAGAGGGUCGUACGCGUAAGAGACCAUCCGAAUGUCUGAAGGAAGAAGGUGGAGAUGCUAAGGUGGUAUCUGAAAAAGGUUUUGAAAAAUCAGAGGGCACAGAGACCAACACGAGUAGCAGCGUUAAAACUAACACUAUUAAAACUCAAUUCAGUAAAAAGAAAACGAUUGAAACAGAAAUAAAGCCAAAGUUGGGAGCUGUAGCAAAAGCAUUCGGAGACUCAGACAGCGACGAUGAUGAAGAGAUGCCAGCAGAAGCUAAACAGAGAAUGCGGAACAUUGGAAAGGCAACACCAACAUCUAGUGGCCCUAGGUCGUUCAACAAGGGCAAGAGUGGGUUCAGUAGUUCUCUUGGUGAAUGGUCGACGUCGCAGAGACUGGUAAUAGGGCGGAAUAAACCAGACACUAAACCAUAACGCAGUUUUUCGGUAUAGCCUUGUGCAUGUAUUCACCGCUCAUACAUACUGUGUAUAUGACAAAAAUGUGGAAACAAUAGAUUGACUAUACUCUGGG